AUGAUACCAACAUUUAACAUUGGCUCAGGUGAAGGACUGACAGCUUCACUUCAACUACAAAAUACUACGCGUUUUUCAACCGAAGACAUCUAUGUAUUCGACAUAACAGCCAAUUCUUCGGUAUUUAUAGUUUCUGGGUCAAACCAUGAGAUUAAACUAUACGAUCGUAACUCGCUGCGCGUUGACUGUGUUUUGUCUUUUCACUGGGACACUAUUACAAAAGUGAAGGCACAUAAAGAGAAUUUUUUGUUGUCCAGCUCAAAGGACGCAAGCGUUGCUCUUUGGGACUUGAGAAGCCCGGGUGGUCCGGUUCAAGUGUUUCGUGCUAGUAGAACUGAACCUUUAUUAGCUUUUGAUUUCAACAGCAGUGAAACAAUAUUAGCGGCUGCAACCGAACUAGUACACAACGACGCGAAAAUAAUAUUUUGGGAUACGCGUCAAAACAAUUCAAUAGCUGGUCAAUUCGCCGAAUCGCAUAACGACGAUAUCACACAACUCCAUUUUCAUCCGUCAAUUCCGUCGAAAAUGCUUUCCGGUUCCACAGAUGGACUAAUAUGUAACUACGAUAUAACCAAUUUUGACGAGGAUGAAGCGUUAGUAGGCGUGAUUAACUCGGGUUCUUCAGUUCAUAAAGCUGGGUAUUUUGGUCCACAGGCAGAUUAUGUUUAUUGUCUGACGCAUAUCGAGACUUUUAGCAUAUGGUCUGAAAAGGAGACAAGUUUACUCUGUAAUUUUGGCGAUCUUCGACAACUAUCUGCUUUAAAUAAUAAUACUGUACUCGACUAUGCCAUUGAUUGUUAUUAUGAUCAACCUAAUCAAAGAUUAUUUGUAUUGGGAGGCUCUAACAGCGGCGAUAUCAGCAUAAUACAUGUAUCAGUAAAUCAAUUAGAUAUAUGUCAAAAUUUAAGAGGCGGACACACUGAAGUUGUUCGCGGAGUUUUCUGGGAUCCUCGAGCAAAUUUGAUGCUUUCUGGCGGAGAGGAUUCAAACUUGAGUUAUUGGAGUGCGCCGAUUAAUAAUUGUCGUCGAAGAUGA